CGGCAUGGCCCCACCCUUCUGACGCACGCACGCCGCGGCCUCCGUCAUUGCGUAGCGUCCGGGUGGUUUAGGGAGGUUGGAAGAGCGACCAUUGCUUUUUCUUUCCUCUUCUCUGGCGAGCUCUUCACGUGUGAAAUUAGGCUCACAGCUUCGUGAUAGUGGAGGCCUAAGGAAAGGGUCGGACAAGCCCGAAUGACAAUCCCUGACUGAACGCAGUUUCAGUCCUUCGGGUCACGUGUCUCCAGAGGCCCUGCCUCCCGCAGGCUGCUUUGUUGCUAGGCAACAGCGGUGGCGUCCGAAGCUGCGGGGACCUAGAAAGGGUUCUUGGUUGCAGAUGGACCAGUACUGCAUUCUGGGCCGCAUAGGGGAGGGCGCCCACGGCAUCGUCUUCAAGGCUAAGCAUGUGGAGACUGGCGAGAUCGUUGCCCUGAAGAAGGUGGCACUGCGGCGACUGGAGGACGGUAUCCCCAACCAGGCCCUGCGGGAGAUCAAGUCUCUGCAGGAGAUUGAGGACAAUCAGUAUGUGGUGCAGCUGAAGGCUGUGUUCCCACAUGGCAUGGGCUUUGUACUAGCCUUUGAAUUCAUGCUGUCAGACCUGGCUGAAGUGGUGCGCCAUGCCCAGAGGCCGCUGGCCCCAGCCCAGGUCAAGAGCUACCUGCAGAUGCUGCUCAAGGGUGUGACCUUCUGCCAUGCCAACAACAUCGUGCACCGGGAUCUGAAGCCUGCCAACCUGCUCAUCAGCGCAUCAGGUCAGCUCAAGAUAGCUGAUUUUGGCCUGGCCCGGAUCUUUUCUCCAGAUGGCAGCCGCCUCUACACACACCAGGUGGCCACUAGGUGGUACCGUGCCCCAGAGCUACUGUAUGGUGCCCGACAGUAUGACCAAAGUGUCGACCUAUGGGCUGUGGGCUGCAUCAUGGGGGAGCUGUUGAAUGGGUCCCCUCUUUUCCCGGGCGAGAAUGACAUUGAACAGCUUUGCUGUGUGCUGCGCAUCUUGGGCACCCCCAGCCCUCAAGUCUGGCCGGAAAUCACAGAGCUGCCAGACUACAAGAAGAUCUCCUUUAAGGAGCAGGCACCAGUGCCCCUGGAGGAGGUGCUGCCCGAUGCCUCUCCUCAGGCUUUGGACCUGCUGGGCCACUUCCUCCUCUACCCUCCUCACCAGCGCAUCGCAGCAUCCCAGGCUGGUCACAGGGAGGCAGAAGGCACACCUCAGCCAAGCCAGUUUGGAUGGCCAGCCCAGUGGAGGAGACCCAUGGCCUGUGGACUGAGCUGUCGGAAGCAGGGAUCUGUGCUGCCAGUCAGGGACCACCAUGAAGUGCUGCGCUGCCUCCUGCCCCUUCUCAAGGGACAUUUGUGUCAGAACCAUCUGGAGGAAGUGUGGAGGGGAAGACGUCUACAUGAUGGAAACUCCCGUGGGAAGCAGGUUUGGUUUAGUUUGUACUCGGUCCCUGUUCGGGCGCCACUCGUGACGGAGCCAGCCAUCACUAGAUGAACAGUACCCGAGGAGAGGGGUGAGGAUUAAGAAAAACAACACAAAUUCGGGAGAAAAGAAAAGGAGAAGAGAGGGAGAGCCUUCUCCUUCCCACUUUAUAUAUCCUCUUUCAUCACCCACAGCCUCCCUCCCCUCCUCCCCUCGUGACCAGGUGACUAAUUAUUUUUACAGGGAAAAGGUCAAUUAUAUUUUUACAAUUCCGGGAAUGUUACUUUCUUGUCCAGCAGUCAUUAUGUUCUUAUCUGACUCAAGAAUCUCAAAAGGCUAUCCUGGCUCAUUAUGUUCUUAUCUGACUCAAGAAUCUCAAAAGGCUCAGGGUUGUUUCAACCCUUAGCUCUACACAUAGGUGGCUAUGGUAACGGUUGCUUUGGCUACUACACUAGUGAGGAACACAUCCAAAGAAGAAAAGUGUUAAUGCUUUUGUAGUUGGUCGGUACAAUGUCUUCAUUCCAAAAUUUUGCCUCUUGUAGCUUCAGUCUGGUGUUUACGGCCCAGAAUGGAAUUCAUAUUCACCACUUCCAACAAAUACCCAACUACCAGAUGUUUUUUAAUAGUACAUGUUGACCUUUGACCCAGACUGUUGAGACUAUUAAAAGUGUAGAAAUAGACAAAAUUGGAGCAGCAGAACCUGGAAAUAACUGGAGACCACCCUUAGUAUGGUACCAGGAGGCCUUCUUAUUUAAUGAUCUCCAGGAACUCUUAUGUUUAUAGUUUUGGGUUUUCCUUUCCAUCAAUGUGAAGUUAAAGUCCAGCUGUAUCUGAGGAAAAAAACAAUUACUGCAGUCACACUUCCCACCACUCUGGCCACAGCAUGGACCAGGGUUUUGUAGGCCAGUACAGAGGCUAUUAGUGUGGCUUUCCUCAAACUAGCUAUGCUUUUCUCACCAUUUUGACAUUCUAACUAAAUUUCUUACUGCCCCUAGCCUAUCCUAAUCUUUAACUUGGGCUUGAACCUGACCUUGACCAUGAACAUGACCUACCUUCUGACCCAUCCACACCAUGACCGACACUCACUUUGAACUUGAAUUAACCCUAACGCACAAACUGCCUUGUCCUGAAACAUUGUUUUGAUCCCAGCCCUGAUGUUGAAAAUCAUACCCUCACUCUCAUCUUGAUCUUUAAGCUGAGCCUGAAUUAAUGACCCUCAGAUUAAUUCUGAACUUGAACCUUACUCUGUUCUUAAAAAUAAACCUUAGCCUAAAAAUGAUCAUAUUUGCACUCCCUGAAUUUGAACUUGACAAGAACCCUGACCAUCACUCUGAAAUUCAACCUUGUAAUGACCUUGACCUUCACUUUGAACUUUACUCUUACAGAUUACGUGAUUGGCAACCUGAUUCUGUUCUGGAACUAGACUUGGGAACUGACAAUAUUUACUGAAUUUCAUGUGGCACUGACACCAAUCCAGAUACUGAGCCACCCUGUCCACUGACCUUUAACCAACCCUAUCCAGAAGACCCUAAACCUAAUCCCACCCUAACUUUAAACAUGAUCCUCACUUUGAUCUUCAGACUUAAGCUAAACCUGAUACUCAACCUGACACAACUUUAACGUGAACUUCUCUGAUCCUGACCUUGGCGACCUCAAACUUGAUCUAACCCUGACCUAUACCCUCACCUUCAUUCAUUGCUUUGCCAGAAUCUGACACAUUACCUUGACCUUAACCACAUGACCUUGAAUUUAACCUUGAAUUUGAGCAAAAUCCUGAAAGUGGGUCUCAUACUGACUUCUCACCCAGAUCAUGAUUCCAUUCUCGUCUCACUUGACCUGGAAUUUAAUCUCAUCCAUGAAAUUGUCCAUGACCCUGACACUGACUCAUCUUUCCCUGAUGCUUACCAUGACUCUGACCAUAACUGACUUUCACACUCACUGUGACCUUGCCCCUCACAGUGAAACAUAUCUCACACUGAUCAUGACUCUGAACCCUCAGGACAUUAUCUUCAAUGGGACAUUCACCCUUAGUCUAACUUUAACCCUCAACCUUACUCUGUCCCUAGACUGAAUCCUCAGCUUGACAAUGACUAUCAUCCACUCUGACCUUGAACUUGACUGAAUUGUACACAUACACUGAAACUAAUCUGUACUUUGAUCCUGGGUAUGACCCUGAUCCUAAUGCCAAACUUCACUCAGAACUCAACUUCAUUCAGACCUUAAGCCUGACAGAUUAAUGCUAACGCCAGCAUGACCUCAAAAUUGAAUCUGACGUUCAUCUGACACUUGACUGUUUCUGCCUGUGAUCCUCGACACUGACCCUGACCAUGGCCACUUCCUCACCCUAAUCUUUUACUAGGCCUUCACCUUUAAACACCUUAAUCUCAUCAAUACCUUGAACUUGGCUUCUCAUCUGGAGGCUGAUCAUUAUUCUAAUCCUGAUCCAUCUUCACAUUGAGCUCAGCCUGCAACUUGCUCUUGAACAUAAAUCAGACAUUAACUGUUAUGCUAACUUUGACCUUGACCUAUAGUGAUAGACAAAAUAAUAUCACCCCCAAAUACAUCCAUGUGCUAAACCAUGAAUAUGUUGCCUUAUAAGGUCCUGUGGUCUGCAUAUGGUUUGUGUGUCCCUCAGAGCUUCAUGUGCUAGAAGCUUGAUCCCCAGUCUGACCAUUUUCAGGAGGUGAAAUCUUUUAAGAAGUGGGGCCUAUGGAAGGUGGUUAGGUGACUGGAAGUGCAAUCCUCAGGAGGGAUUACUGUAGUUCUUAUGGGAUCCCUCUUAGUUCCUAUGAGAACAAGAAAAGAGGAAGCCUGGCCUCUGAAUCCCUCUGCUUACUGUCUUGCUGUGUGAUCUCUCCUGUUCUCACCAUGAUGUCAUCCACUAUGAGCUCCAGAAGACAAACACAUGGUACCACCCAUCUUGGACUUUCAGCCUCCAAAACUGUGAAAAACAGACUUCUCUCUUUUUUUCUAAAUACCCAUUUGAAGGAAUUUUGUUACAGUAAGAGAAAAUGGACUGAUACCCCUGGCAAAAAGGAGUUCAUAGAGUGGUAAAGGGUACUGACUGAGAUGGAAGAGUAUCCUGGACUAUGCAAGUGGGCCUCAUCUAAUCACAUGCAGAGAGCUUUUCUUGACUGUUUUCAGAGAUGAAGAUGGCUUGGAAGAUGGAAUUAGAGGCUCAUAAACCAGGAAAUUCAGAUGGCCUCUAGGCCCUGGGAAGGGCUCUCUACUGACAGCAAGGAAAUGGAAACCUCAUUAUUUUUUUUUUCAUGGCCAUGGCACCUGUGUCCUUUUAUUUUUUUUAUUUUGUAUUAAUAAAUUUUAUUUUAGCCCAUUCCUCCCUCAAACCCACUCCCCUCCCUAUGUACAAAAGCUUUGUUUACAUUUGGAAACCUCACUCUUAAAUCCAAAAGAAACUGAAUUGUGCCAACAACCAUAAUGAGCAAGGAAAUAAAUUCUUUCCUAGAGCAUAGAGUAAGAAAUGCAGCCCAAGUAAUACCUUGAUUUGGGCCCAGUGAGAUUCAAACCAGACUUCUGAUCAACAAUAUGAGAUCAUAAUUGUGUGUUGUUUUAAACCACUAAAUUUGCUGGGUGUGGUGGCACACACCUGUGAUCCCAGCACUUGGGCUGAGGCCAGAGGAUUGCUGUAAGUUCAAGGCCAGCCUGUGCUACAUAGUGAAUUCAGGGCCAGCCUGAAGUACAUAGCAAGAACUUGUCUUAAAAAAAAAAAAAAGACACUGGGCUGGGGAUUUAGCUCAGCAGUUUCGCUGCCUGCUGUGCAAGUGCAAAGACCCCAGUUCAAUCCCCAGUACCAAAAAAUAAAAAUAAAAAAAAGCCACUAACUUUGUGUGAUUUGUUAGGGCAGCAAUAGAAGUAUACCUCUCCACUCCCCUGCCCUGUGAUAGGGAUUGAAUCUAGGACCUUCACACUGAGCGACAGCCCUUUUUUCAUUUUUUUUCUUUUGAGACAGUGUCUUGCUAAGUGCUCCAGCAGAAGCCGUGGUAGCAACAAGCCUCCUCUUUAUCCCAGUAUCACACACUAGAUCCAGCCAUCUCGGAAAAGCCCCAUCAUAUGACCAUAUGAGGCUUUAGGGGAACAUCUAGAUACAAGCCAUAACUCUAACCUAUCCCUGAACUUUACCUUGGCCAUGAACUGAACUUAACUUUCACCCUGUCACUAACCCUGACCAGGAGUCUAUUCUGAUCAUUACUCCUUAUUUAUCUUGACUUUAACUUGAUCUUGAAAUUAAUGGUGGCCCCAAAACUUCUUUCACACUGACUUGAACAUGAUUCUGACAAUGACCAUGGUCCUGAACUCUUCCCUCACCUGCCACAGAUUUUGCCUUGGAUCAGAUACUCACCCUUAUACUCACCCUUACUCGGAACCUGAUCCUCAUCAUUCUGUCCCUGAACAUUCCCUCAUCCUGACAAUGACCCUCAACCCAUGAAUUUGAUACUUCACUUGAACUUCACUCUUACACUAGAUCUGGGGUGAUGUCCAGGGUCAGUGUCAAGGCCAGAAUAAGUGAGCCAUUGUAAGGGUGAAAGCCAGUCCCACGGUCAGAGGCUAAGAGUGAAUGUGAACUAAAGUGAAGGCUGGACCUGAGAUGAGGGCAAGGUCAGAUUCUUGUCCAAGGCGACCGUGGGCACCAGAGACAGGGCAAAGGUAAGAGACAGGGUCGCGUACAGGUCAAGGCAAAGGGCAAGGCCAGGCUGACUGUAGAAGCUCCAGACAUAAAUUACGUGCAGGACAGUAGUGUGGAAAACACCUUAAAAUAAGAUGGAAUUGUAUAACCCUAAGUGUGCUGUAACCCUAAAGUGUGCUGUGACUUUAAGAGUGCUGUGAGUGAUAUGUAACCAUAGUAACCAUAAGAUAUAGAAGUAGAACCUUAAGCAGUGUGGAAUCGAUAAGGAUGCACCCCGAACUGGACAGGGCGUGGUCCAAAGUGGACAAUGUGAUAAGUCUGAACCAAUACCACAAACGCCCAGUUAGAAUAGUAUAAAAGGAGCUGAAGACCUAAAGCAAGUCGACGAUCCGUCCCACCGACCAGUCUACUAGUCAGUCUGUUGAUCUGACUACCGACUGGGACACCUGCACCUGAUCCCGCUGGAAGGAGCAUCGCCGCCGACCAGACGAGACCAGAGGACGAGGCCAGCGGAGAGACGGACAGCCUAGCGCCGACUGGACGCCCUUCGUCUACGGAUCGGACCCCCUGACCCGACGGGAGGAAACGUCGCGCUCCCAUAAGAACUUGCACAGUACAGGUACAAGGACGUGGUAAUUGGCAGACUUAAUAUUGUCUUGUUUGAUGUCGUGUGAUAAUUGCAUAGAAGUGAAUUAUAAUGAUAUAAGUGUGUGAAACUGCCA